AUGUUCAUAACGAACGUGGGGACGAUCGAAUUGUGUGCAUUUUAUGUAUGCACACUAUUCACACAUCAUCCGAUCACCACACGAUCGACAGAAAAAGGUGGUUAGCCAACGUGCGGUGGUAGAAAAUAAACACUCGAUUUUCAGAUCUAUUCUCCAUAAAUCACCAGGCCAAGCAAGGGGCAAAACUCACGCUGACCGUGUGGAAUACAACGCCAAGAUUGAGAAUCUAUCUGACAUUCCAUACCUGAAGAACAAACCGGGCAUUCUUGUUUGUAGUGAAUACUGCUGAACUUCUCUUCAACUUUGUCUUCUUAUCAUCCCUCGUGUGACGGACAAUCUGUCCACCAAGCCUCACUAUGAGUUUACUGUCGUCUGUGAAGGAAUCCCCGCUGUGUGUGAUGGUCCUCAGCAUGACAUUCCUUAUCAGCGGGAUCAUCGUUAUUUUGCUUCAGCUGCUGACGUUAUUCCUUGUCUACCCCUUCAGCAAGAGUUUGUAUCAAGUCAUCGUCUGCAAGAUUAUCUACAUGCACUGGGCACAGAUGGUAUGGCUGUGCGACCACUGGUCCGGAACAGAGACGAGGCUCGUUGCUGAUAAAAAAUUCUUGGAAUUUGUCGGCACGGAGCACGCCGUCAUCACAGCCAACCACAAAGAAGACGUCGAUUGGCUCGCAGUCUGGGCUCUUGCCGAUCGCUUCGGCAUUUUAAAAAAUGCUAAAUGUCUGAUGAAGAAUGAUCUUAAGUACGUUCCCCUCGUCGGGUGGUCGUUCUCCAUGCUGGAAAUGAUCUUCGUCAAACGGGACUUCACAAAGGACAAGAAGAACAUGAUCGCCGGUUUCAGGAGCUACAUCACAUAUCCAAUUCAUUGUAUGAUAUUAAUGUUCUGUGAAGGAACCAGAUUCACACCCGAGAAACACGCCAAGGGUAUCGCAUUCGCAAAAGAAAAAGGAUUGCCAGAGUUAAAACACCACCUCACUCCAAGAACAAAGGGUUUUGUCGUUGCCAUGGAAGCGUUUGACGGAAAAGUGCCUGCAAUUUAUGAUCUUACCUUUGCUGUGAGCAAAUCGGAAUACGAACCAACAAUGCUGAAUAUUAUGAGGGGAAAGAAAUUUAUCUUCAACUUCCAUGCAAAGAGAAUACCAAUUGAAGACGUUCCUAAAGACGAAGAGGGACAGGUGAAAUUCAUCCACGACCUUUACAAGGAGAAGGAUAUGCUAUACGAGCAUUUCGUUCAACAUGAAACUUUCGAGGGUUGCAACCACCGCAAGACGAUCCCGUUCCCUUCCAAGUGGUCGCCGAUCUUCGUGGAGGUGUUCUGGUUAUCAUUCCUUGGGUUCCCAGCACUGUACCACCUCAUCACUGUGCUGACCACGGGCUCUCUUCUGGCGUCGGCAACUGCACUGGGUGUUGUACUCGCAUUGUAUAUUCUGAGUAAAUUCAUGAUCGGUGCAACCAUGACAUCGAAAGGCUCAACGUAUGGCGGGAACAAACACAGAACAAAUGGAACGAGUACGGCUGCCAGUGAAGCGACGUCUGCCAGUAAGAAAGAUUAACCCAAGAUCCUCUAUUUGCCUCUCUUUUCUCUGUAUUACUGAGAUUUUAAAUUCAAAAUCAAGAUAAUGACAAUUUUUUUUACACUCUUUAUUUGUAUCAAAUUUUUUAAAUUGAAAUAUUUUUUUCUUUAAAUUUCAAGCCGGAUAGCUUUGAAAAGAAAAGACUGCUCUCUCAUUGUAGCUAGGGUACGCUGCCAAAACAUUGAUUCGAACUGCCUCUAGCUACCGGGCAACCUCGGUAGUCUAGUUGGUAAGUCACUGCUCUAGAGUUGC